AUGUCCAACACCAUCACAACCACCACCACCAAGCCAGCCUGGUACGAAACCAGCGUCACGGCCAUCGACCCCGCUGCGCAGUCAAUGCUAGAGAAUUACAGCGGACUCACACCCGAAGAGAUCAUUCCCCAUGUCUUAGCCCUGCGAGAUGAAGCCUUCCGCAUCUUUCCCUACCCCUGCAUCGGUCAAAUGCGCUUCCUAAGCUGCCACCUCUCCUGCCUCCCCUUCUACCCACGGGUCCUGUCCCGCCUGCGCGCCUCCCCAGACAACGGCUUCCUCGACGCCGGCUGCUGCGUCGGCCAAGAGCUCCGACACUUAGUCUACGCGGCCUCGAUCCCGCCCUCGCAGUUAUACGGCUUCGAUCUAGAACCCGGGUUCUUCGAGCUCGGGUAUAAGCUCUUCCGAGACAAUGCCGACUCGUUCCCCGCUACAUUUGUGGGCGCGGAUCUAGGUGUGUCGCACGAGGAGUGGGAGACGAGCGAGAUUGUGGGGACGAUGAAGGGGAAGAUUGAUGUUGUUUGGGCCAGCUCGUUGCUGCAUUUCUGGGAUUAUGAGGGGCAGGUGCGUGGUGUGAAACGGUUGAUUGGGUUGACGAGGGGGCAGAUUGGGACGGUGGUUUGUGGGAGGCAGAUGGGGAGUACGGUAGCCGGGGUGUAUGAUUUGAAGGGGUUCACGGAGAAGACGAUGCUGCAUUAUAGACAUGAUGUGGGGAGUUUGCACGGGUUUUGGAAGGAGGUUGGGGAGAAGUUGGGGAUGAAGUGGGAGGUGCAGGCGGAGUUGGAGGUCGGGGAGACGACGCUGAAAAUGAGGAAUAAGGCAAGUUUUGUGGAUGAUAAUGCCAGGAUUAUUUGGUGGUGUGCUACGAGGGUGGAGUGA